CUCCAGGGGAAAAGUGUUGGGAGAUCUACAAAGUGGAUUUUUUUUCCUCUCUUUUCCUUUUUUUUUUUUUUCUCUUCCCCCUGUUUUUUUACCACUCCUCUGCAGACUUUGCAACAAAAUACUUCAACUUUGCAGAAAACUUUUCUUUUUAAUUUUUUUUUCUUUUUGCCUCUUUUGGCAUUUUUUUUCAAUUUUUGCCUUUGCAAAUCUUGGAAGAGGAAAGCGGGAGGGUUGAACAGAGCCGAUCGAAACACAACUUUGCUUCAUACCAAGCUUCCCAGCAGCUCGCUGCGUCGGGAGAGGCUUUUUCUCCUCCUGCAGAAGAAGGGGGCGGGAAGGGGAGCUUUGCAUCCCCUCUUCCUUCUCCUGCGCUACACCCCCCCCGCCCCCGACUGCUUUGAUGCAUUAAUAGCAGGACACUGGUUUUCAAGGAACUUUGCUCCAUCCUCAGCCUGCCUCCUCCUAGCCCUUUGGGAAGUGUGUGUGUGUGUGUGAGUGUGUGAAAUUGCCAUCUCUUCCCCCCAAACCUCACGCCUCCCCCUGCAACCUGUUGCAGGAUUUUCUCCCUCUCCCCCCUCCCCUCUUUUCCUCCCCCUCUCUUUUUGCCCUCCCGCGGAUCGCGGUGGGAUUUCCUCCCUUCUGAAGCCAAAAAAAAAAAAGAAAGAAAGAAAGAAAAAGAAAGAAAAAGCUGAAAGAAGGGAGGAAAAAAAGACAAAAGCAAACCUAGACAACCCCCCCGCCCAAAGCCGAAAGAAAAGCAGGAGGGUCUCGCACCGCACACCGAGAAUAAACCUGAGCGUGGGGCGCUCGCCACCAGGGGCUCCACUUUCCGCCCCCCUCUCUCUUUUUUUUUUUUUUUUUUUUUUUCCCUCUCUUUUUGAAAUUUUUUGAAGGAGAGAGCGAAAAAGAGCGAGCCGCCCGCCCCCCCCCCUCCCUCGCCCGUCCCGCAGCAUCCCCGCCGCGAUGCUGCUGCGGCUCCUGGUGCUGCUGGGCGCUUGCCCGGGGCUGUCGCGGUGCCUCGGCUCCUUCGUGCAGUGCGAGCCGUGCGACGGCAAGGCGCUGUCGCUGUGCCCGCCGCCGCCGCUGGGCUGCGAGCUGGUGAAGGAGCCGGGCUGCGGCUGCUGCCUCACCUGCGCCCUGCCCGCCGGGCAGCCCUGCGGCGUCUACACGGAGCGCUGCGCCCGCGGGCUCCGCUGCCUGCCGCGCCAGGGCGAGGAGAAGCCGCUGCACGCCCUGCUCCACGGCACCGCCGUCUGCCUCAGCGAGAAGAGCUACCGCGAGCAAGCCAAGACGGAAAGAGAAUCCCGAGAACACGAGGAGCCAACCACAUCUGAGAUGACGGAAGAGACCUACCCACCCAAGGCAUACCGGCCCAAGCCUGGGCGCCUCUCUGAGCUCAAAGCUGAGGCUCUGAAGAAAGACCGUCGGAAGAAGCUGACCCUGGCCAAGUUUGUAGGCAUGGCAGAGAACACAGCGCACCCACGUGUUGUCAUCCCUGAGCUCCGGCAAGAGUUUGAGCUGGGUCCUUGCCGCAGGCACAUGGAGGCAUCCCUGCAGGAGCUCAAAAGCAGCCAGCGAAUGGUCCCUCGGGCUGUUCACCUCCCGAACUGCGACAGAAAGGGCUUCUACAAGCGAAAGCAGUGCAAGCCAUCCCGAGGCCGGAAGCGUGGCUUGUGUUGGUGCGUGGACAAAUACGGCAUGAAGCUGCCAGGGACUGAUUACCUGAGUGGAGACCUGCAGUGUCACGCAUUCGACAGCAGCAAUGUGGAGUGAACUUGCACCCUCUCCCUCUGCCCCAUCACUACCCCAGGCUCCCUUCCACCCACCCCUCCGCACCUCCCCAUGCCCCGGGACUCCGAUUCCUUUCAUCUCAUGUAAGAAGAAAAAAGAAAAGAAAAGAGAAAAGGAGAAAAGAGAGGGAAGAGAAAAACCCAGAAGAAACUGAGGACUUGGAAUCUACAGCAGCGUCUUGACAACAAGGACUUAGCAAGGAAAGGACAGAGCCAGAGACAAACCAGCUUCGGCCACUCUGCCAUCCUGCGACUGCCUGUGCCUCUCCCCAAUGCCACCUGCACCCCUCUGCUACAGAACAGAGGUCACGCCAACGUAGGAAGCUCUCUGGUUGGUGAUUUUCUAGUAUGGGUUGUGGGCAGAAUUUUUUAUUUUUUUAUUAGCUAGUUAUUUUGUAAAUGGUCUCGAGAGGAAAUCGUGUGGUGAACAGCAUUUCCCCUCCUAACUCCAGUCCACUGGAGUUUCCUGCCCACAUCACUGGGACUCACUCAAGUCGAUGGGAUUUCCUUCUCAAACGAUUGCCCCGGAUCCAGACAGAUUCUGACAGCAUCACAGACCAGGCAGCAGUGUAAUGGGAGGAGGAGUCAAAUGAUUUGCUUUAUGUCUGGAGAUGAGCCGGGGAGGGAAAAAGAGCUCCUGCAACAGCACGAAUACCUGACACAAAAUAUUCGUGGACUUUAAAAAGAAACAGUCCGGAAAAGUAACAUACUUCUCAAUUCAGUUCCUCUUGAAUGGGAGGUCAGAAACUUUGUUUGUGGACAAGUUGGACUCUGAAAGUUAUCCAUCCAGGUGUGGAAGCAUUUGUUGUGUGCAUGUGUUUGUGUAUGUGUGUGAGCGUGUGUGUGCACAGAUGUGUCUUUGCCUCCUUGCAAAACUUGCCUCAAAACUGCUGCCCCAAAAAAAGAAAUCUGCUGGACUAAGCACAGGAGCAGACUUAGGAGGUAUAUCAGGGCCCUGCGAACAUUGAGGUGUGCAUCUGAACUGAUUCCACAGAUAGUCAUCAGUAUCCAUACGUAAGCGUGUGCAUGUGGGGACAGGGGGAUGCGGCCAAAAAUCUUCACCGCCCUUUACUGCCACAAGGAAGACCAGCUAUGGAGCCUUUUCUUAUUUUUUUUUGUCACAACUAAAAAAAAAUCAUUUGCUCCAAGGGGAAAAAAAAAACACUUUGUCUUAGAUUUUUUUUUUAAGGCUUGUUUAUAGCCUUUCCCAUAGGUUGGAAAAUGUCAAUCUCCAUCCUUUUGUAUUGAGAUACUGCUUACAUGUUUGCCACAGCUGAUUUCCCCUCAGCCCCAUCUCCCCACCCUGUAAUCAUAUCCUUGCAACGAGGCCCUCAUGUCUAACCCAGGAUCCAGAUCCUUGUUUAGUGACAGCAGCAACCACAAUGCAGAGACCCACUGACUCAGGCCUGCUUAGACUGCCGUUAGUUGCCUUCCUGCUUUUCAUUGUUUUUAUUUUUUUGUGUUCAAUUUUGGGACUAUUUUCUCUCAUUUCCCCAUGACAAGGGUCUCUGCUAAGUUUAUGUUUGGAGAAGAUCCUGCAGAAAAAAAAAAAAAAAAAAAAAAAAAAACGAAAAAAGAAAAGAGGAAAGAGAGCAACACCCUGCUUCAGAGAUGUAUGGGAUCUGUGCGUUGCCAUCUCAGGAUACAAACUUGCAUGCACCAGGAACAGUUGCUGACUCAACAAGUCUUGAGAGUAAUGCUGGAAGAGAUGGGCAGGACAUCUCCUGAAGACUAUGCCACCAAGGGAUGCAAUGUGCAAGCUGAUUUUCCUCUGGCCACCUUGCACAGCUACCACAGGAGGCUACGCUGUGUGCUGCACACUGGGAAGGGCAGGCAAGGUGGUGGGCAGUUGCAACAGGGCUAGAGCCAGUGUUCCCUGGGGUGUCAGGGAAGUCACAACGCACUGGGGUAGAGUGUGGCAUAAUCUGCCUUUGCUCUGGAUCAGAGGAAGGGUUUCUGUUCCUUCAAAAGCCCUUUUUAGCCUCCCAGAGCUGAGUAAAAAGGCAGGAGUUUCCCUAGUUAAGUGAGUCCCCACUAGUGGGGCUAGGACAAAAGGACUCAGGCACCAAGGAGCUCUGGUGAAGGCUCACCUCCAUUGCUUGGCUGUGCACCCUCAGCAGCCUCUCAGGGCAUGGUUUCGGCUCCCUUGAGCAGGGCACACUGAACAGCUUUCCUGCCUCCUGCUCACCAGGCUCCAGUUCAGGUGGGCCAUGGACCACCAGCAUCUCUCUGUGGGAGCGUGGCCCCAGCAAGAUGCUUUCUUCAGGUUGGUUUUGUCCAAGGAAGGACAGGAGCAGAAGUUAAGGAAAACUUCUUAUUUCCCAUGCUGAUGUCUUCACCUCCUUGGCGUGGAGCAACAGGACCAUGAGCAACUGCAGCUGGCCACAUACAUCUGCCCUUAUAGGUCCCCAGUUGCUCUCUCCAGAGUCACAGCAGGCACUAAGUUUAACCAAGAGACUUCCACAGAGCCCUGAGCCACAACACAGCAGGGGACAUUUGGAGGUGGGCCAAAGGCCUCCUUCCUUGCCAAAAAGAAGGGAAGUGCCACCAAAUGCAGAUCUGGCUCCCUCCAAAAUGUAAGAGCAGGGCAGACUGCCAAGCACCUUGCUAGAGGGGAGCAUCACCAGGGGGCUUUGGGCAGGGGGAGGACCCUUCCAGGCUUUGUCGGGCUGAUGGAGCCCUGGUCUAUUCAAAAAGGGAGGGUGGGGAGUUAAUGAUUUGAUGAUGGUGGGAUGAAGAAUGGAGGUGAAGAAAGCAAGUGGAGAAGGAAGAGGAGCCCCGAAGAACCGCAAGGGGGGCUGGGGGCUGCAGAGGUACUAUCACAAACACUUCCUGUCUCCUCCGCUUGCUGAUCCCACGCAAAACCUCCUGACUGUUACAGGCCAGUACCACCUUCCUCCAAUAUUCUUCCUUUCUUUCUUUCUCCCUCUUAUUCCCACUCGCUCUCUUGCUUUUUUUAAAAAAAAAUUGUUUGUUUUGUUGUUUGAUUUCCCGAAACUUGAAAGCCUUUGGCUGCAGAGGAAAGAGACAUGCUGCCUGGUGGCCACGGGCUCAUGGGAUGGGAGUGGAGGAGGGGGAAGGCACAGCAGCUCCUCUUGGGCCUUGUAUUUUGGGGGCAAUGCUUGGAGGAGAGGAUUUCAGCUCAUGACAGCUUGCAAGCUGAUGCUGGUGGUCACGCAGUCAAACCGUGGGCCUGGCAGUGGUCUCCUGAUGUGGACCACUGCAACACCUAUGGCAACACAGGGAGCCAAAAGGAGGGGGAUGCAGGAUAACUCCCUGAGUGUAGUGGGGCUACCCUGGGCAUUGGCAGAUUAGGUGCCUGUAACCCCCUGCCCUGAUAUAGCUGCCUCCAAAGUCAUCCUCACCACUCCCCCAGCCAAGCUUCCCACUGCUUUGCCUAAAAAGCAGGUCUCAGGUAUUGGCCCUGCAAGCCUACAGCACUGACAUCUCCCUACAGACAGCCUCCACUCUCCAAAUCCAGGGCUGAGACAGCACUGCUGGUCCCAUCCCCACCAAUGUGGCUGUGAUGAGGCCUCCUGAGGAAGAGGAAGAGGAGGCAAGGAGGUGGCCAUGCUGCCCUCUCUUCUGCCUGAGCCACCUUUGGCUCUGCCACUGGACCAUGGUACCGAGCAACUGUGGUGAGAACUUCCUGCCCACUCACUCUUAAAGGCUCCCUGUAAGGACGAGGCUGUUUGAAGGCUGCACUAAUAUAUGGGAUAGGGGUUGGACUGAGGGAAGGACUGGCUUCUGAAAUGGUUCACUAGCUCCCGGGAUCAACAGCAAUGAGGCGCACUGUUCUCAGGACUUCGUGGUGGAUCAAGGAGCCUGUUCUACCUUUGCGCUGAGAAAAACGGAAGGGGAAAGAUUUGGGAGCCCAGGCACGCUUAGGGGUGCCAAGGCACAUGGGGAGUUGCUGGUGACUCAUGAGUCAGCAGCCACUUGGGAAGGCACAGGGCUUGGGGGUCUUCAGCCAUGGCCUCCUCCCUACAGGCUUUUGUACCAAGUCAGAUAUGGGUCUGAGAAGGAGAGGAAAAGGAUCGAGGAAAGUGAGGACAACCUUUCAACCAGACCUCCCAGGGGAGCGGCAUUAAGCAGCUGGGUUAUUCCUCAUCUGUACUGCAGUGGACUUUGAAAACCACUAGUACAAGAGCAUUUUGCACUAUUUCUCUGCUCCCCCCCCCCCCUUUUUUCCUACCCUGCCUUUUGAAGACUCUCUCUUUUUUGUUGUUGGUUUUUUUGUUGUUGAUUUUUUUUCCCAAAUGGAGCAUUGUAUAUUUAACAAUUGACAAUUCACCUCACUUCCAGACCGCUGUCCUGGCCCUGGCUAGGAACCUUAUGUACUGUGCUCCCUUCCCUAGCCCAGCCAACAACCCCAUCACUGCCACCGGGACAGACGUCACCAUCCAAGUUACCUACCAUUAUAACACAGUUGUUAACACACCAGAUUCCGAGUUUCCUGCCUGGUUUUUAUCUUUAAGCAAUACUCACUACACAUUUUACGGUAGCUUUUUAUAGCUUUACAUACAUACGGUAGCUCUGUUGUUUCGUUUUGUUUUGUUUUUGUUGUUUUUUUUUCCAGUAAACAAAUACUCAUAAUCAUACUGGUGGGAAAAAAAAAGCAGUUUGUGAAAAACUGACAAUGGAAGAAGAGCUUAAUGCUCUGUUUAGCAUUUUGUACUUAAAAAAAAAAAAUCUCACGUUUUAUUAAAAAGUGAAGAUUGCUGUAUACUAUUUAUUCAACUUAUAAUUUAUGUUACUCUUUGAUCUUUGUCUUUUCUCAUGACAAAGCAUUUAUUUAAUAAAGU